AUGGAUAUGUAUAAAACAUAUAUAUUUGAUGUUUGCCCUACAGUGAAAAAUUUUUAAAAUAAAUUGGAAAGUUUAUUGCCUAAUCCUAAUGAAAAUAAAAAACUCAUGAAGAAGAUAAUUAAGCAUAAAUGGGUUAAAAUAUAUUGCAACGACUAAUAAUUAUAAUCUAUCUUUCACGAGGAUUAUUGCACUUAUUUAAUUUAUAAUAGAAUACCUAUUCCAAAUGGUAAAUAGUAUCAAAACUUUUAAAAUGAUAUUCUAGAGAUUUUUCAAAAUAGAGUUUGCCAAUAAAUAAAACAGAUUAAUCAAGGUUUUUAUGAAAAUUUCAUGGAAUAAGACAUAAAUUCUCAAUAUUUCAGAGAGGAAUAAGUAGAUAACUUUGAUUACACCGAGCUUGUAGAGUAUAUAAAUUAUGAUCUAAAUGAUAUUAUAUCAGAAGAAUAAGAAUACAAUAUCGAAGAUUUCAUGAGAAGAACUGUCUCAGACAUAAUAAGUAAGGAGUAUUUAGCAGUAAGUGCAUUCAUUAAGAAAUUUUAUAGCGAUCUUAUAACAGAAACUGCAAUAAACCCCUCCUAAUAAUACCCUCAAUAGUUUUCAUACGGCAAUUUUGGUCGUGGUUUCUCAGGACUAACACCUAGAGAAAAUAAAUAAACAAAAAUACAAGAAAUUCAAGAGUGUUAAGAAUUAAGCAAACUUGAUGUCGGGAUCUACUCUAUUAAAGUAAAAAAGACAAUCAUUAUUCUUGAUAUUACAACUAAAUAUAAAAUAGCCUACAUAAUCAAUUACUUUGACCAUUAUAAAAAUAAAUCAUCCAUUUUUAAUUAAUUAAAGGAUUUCAAGAUUUAGAAAAUAAAGACUAUAAAACUAAGUGUUGAAGAGGCUUAUGCACUUAUUAAAUAUCUAAAAUAAAAAAACCCUUCAUAUAAAUAACUUUGGGAUGGAACUAUAGAAUUUUAUAAGCAAUAGGACUUUGAUGAGUUCAAUGAGUAUUAAAAAUAGAAGGAAUAAAAUUAUUAUAAAAUGUUGGUAGAUAUUAAAAGGUUCAUAUCUAUAAUUUCUCCUCAAUCAAAUAACUAUAAAGACAUCUAUUCUUAAGCAUUUGUUUAAACAUUACAAUAGAAUCAAAGAUAUAAUUUGGAUUUAAUACCAACUUUAGAGUUUGAUUAUGUUCUAAAGAAUCUUAAAGAUUCAAAAAAAUAAAAGGCUGCUAUUUUAGAAGAUAAAUAAAAUUUAACAAUCGGGGUAGUUUUAUUUCUAAAUCAAAAUCAAACCAUUCUUUUGUUAAAAAAUUAUAACAAUUUGAAAACGUCUAACGAGUGCUUUUUAGAGUCUUCUAAAUAAAUGAAUUAAAAUGAAAAAAUUCUCAUUUCUGAUUCAAAUUCUCAUGGGGAGGAGUACAAGGAUUUCUACCUCUAGAUUAAAAAGAUCAAUGCUGAUUAAAAGACCACGAUAAUUUUUGAUGUAAAUAUUUAAGGAAUUUAAUCGUCAGUAGCUCAAUUUUAUGUGACAUUAAUACUCACAAGGACAGAAAAUGACUAGUUGAAAAAUAUUAAAAAGUUUUUGGAAUUAAAAGACAGUGCUUGGGCUAGUAUUUUAAAGAUUUUAGGCUGA